AUGGUGCUGCCGCCCCCGGACCGGCGGCACGUGUGCCUGACCACGCUGGUGAUCGUGGGCAGCAUGGCGGUCAUGGACGCCUACCUGGUGCAGCAGAGCCAGGGCCCGCGCAAGAUCGGCGUGUGCAUCAUCGUGCUGGUGGGCGACGCGUGCUUCCUGCUGGUGCUGCGCUACGUGGCCGUGUGGGUGGGCGCCGAGGUGCGCACGGCCCGGCGCGGCUACGCCAUGGUCCUCUGGUUCCUCUACGUCUUCGUGCUGCAGAUCAAGCUCUACUUCGUCUUCCAGAACUACAAGGCGGCGCGGCGCGGCGCGGCCGACCCGGUGGCGCGCAAGGCGCUCACGCUGCUGCUGUCCGUGUGCGUGCCCGGCCUCUUCCUGCUGCUCGUGGCGCUCGACCGCAUGGCCUACGUGCGCACCUUCCGCAAGCGCGAGGACCUGCGCGGCCGCCUCUUCUGGGUGGCGCUGGACCUGCUGGACCUGCUGGACAUGCAGGCCGGCCUGUGGGAGCCGCCGCGCACCGGCCUGCCGCUGUGGGCCGAGGGCCUCACCUUCUUCUACUGCUACAUGCUGCUGCUCGUGCUGCCCUGCGUGGCGCUCAGCGAGCUCAGCAUGCAGGGCGAGCACGUGGCGCCGCAGAAGAUGAUGCUCUACCCCGUGCUCAGCCUCGCCACCGUCAACGUGGCGGCCGUGCUGGCGCGCGCCGCCAGCCUGGCGCUCUCCCGCGACAGCCGCGUCUCGGCCAUCUUCGUGGGCAAGAACGUGGUGGCGCUGGCCACCAAGGCCUGCACCUUCCUGGAGUACCGCCGCCAGGUGCGCGACUUCCCGCCGCCCGCGCUCCAGCUGGAGCUGCAGCCGCCGCCGACCUCGCAGCAGCGGCGCCACUCCGGGCCGCUUCCCCCGCACGGCCCGCCCGGCCGCCCCCGCGCGCCCUCGCCCACGCGCGACGCGCUGGACACGUGA